AUGGGUCGCACGAGAGCUGACAUCAGCAUGCCUCGACAGUACGUUCCCGCGUAUACAAGGAAGCUCGCGCUGAAUUCGUCGGACGAACCCAGGGUUGAUGAGGGACCAGGCGUGAUCUCAGUUCCAGCCUCUUUUCUUACAAGGUUUGGCGGUAACACGAAACCCAGCGCAGCGCAGACAACGGUAAAAGAAGAGCCGGCCGACCAAGUGACAGAAAUGCCAGGAAAGGCUUCCGAAGCCUACUUGCGCAGAAUAUCUAAUGCAAAAAGGGCUUUGGUCGCCCAACAAAGACUAAGCGCAGGCUACAAAAGGGGCCUCCCUCGUUUUUUGGCCGUUGGCCAAGACGAUUACAAACCCCAGAUCGACUCACCCCCUCGAUCCAGUCCCCCCAGUGACUUGCAACCGCGUGCAGGGUCUCGAUGGGCACGAGGAGCGCCGCUUAGGCAAUUGCGGGGCCUGCGAGAAAUAUCUUGUCCCGAACUACCCCAAUUCGGCACUGGUGCUCCAGGCAAAACCCACUGGUCAAUCGUAUGCAUCUCUCUGAUAGUGGCUAUUUUCUUGGUAGGUAUGGCGUGCCAGGCAGGCAUUAGAGAGGCUAUCUACGAUAUCCUCUGGCAUGCACAGAUGAAACAGCUUGGAUUACACCCACCCUAUUAUCUUGUCGAAAAGACAGCUAAUUAUUUAUAG